UUUAAUUUGUUCAUAAUAUAAAAACAAGCUGACAAUGAAAAGUGGGUGAAGAAAUCAGAGAAGAAGUGGGAGAAAAAGAUAAUCGACCCAAAAGAAUGGGAGAAGCAAGUGCAAGAGUGAAAACAAUCUUUGUGUAUCCAAUCAAAUCUUGUCGAGGGAUUUCAGUUGCUCAAGCACCCGUCUCUCCUACUGGAUUUCGGUGGGACAGACAAUGGAUGGUUGUCAAUGCAAAUGGGAGAAUGAUCACUCAAAGGGUUGAACCAAAGCUUGCUCUGAUUGAACUCGAGUUGCCUCACGAAGCAUUUUCUGAGAGUUGGGAACCUUCAAGUGAUUCAUGCAUGGUGGUGAGAGCUCCUGGUAUGGAUAUGUUGAAGGUUCCUUUGAGUAAGCCCUGUGAUAUGGUUGAGCAUGUGUCAGUAUGGAAUUGGAAUGGCUCUGCAUUAGAUGAAGGAGCCCGAGCAGCUGAAUGGUUUUCUAAUUACCUUGGUAAAACGAGUCGGAUGGUGCGAUUUGAUGCAGCAUCACAAACUAGACUAACGGAUCCAGACUAUGCUAAUGGAUACAAAACUAUGUUCUCUGAUCAGUUUCCAUUCAUGCUGAUAUCGCAGGGAUCACUAGACGCAUUGAACAAAAUUCUCAAGGAGCCAGUACCAAUAAAUCGUUUCAGACCCAACAUUCUCGUUGAAGGUUGUGGACCAUUUUCUGAGGACUUGUGGAAGGAAAUCAAAAUUGACGACUUGACAUUUUACGGCGUCAAGCUUUGUUCAAGGUGCAAGAUACCUACAAUCAAUCAAGAAACAGGGAUUGCUGGUUCAGAGCCAACAGAAACUCUCAAGGGAUUCAGAUCAGAUAGAAUCUUGCUUCCUAACAGAAAACCUCAAGGACAGGUUUAUGUCGGACAACACUUAGUUUGUAAGGAAUCCUUUACUAAGGAUAAGGGCAAAGUCAUUCAGGUAGGAGAUACAGUGUGUAUUGUGCAACAACUUUCUUCAACUGCAGACGCUGCUGCUUAAUAUUAUGUUACACAAACUGUAUUGCAUUUUUACUUGCAUAUGCGAAAGCAUAAGAGAUAGUGUCACUUUGGUUGCUAAAAAUAAUGAGCACCAAAUGUUGGUGUUAUUAGUUUGUUGUGGCGAUUUACCAGAAACUUUCUGUUUAGACCUACGCAUCUUGUAAGCUACUUUCUCUUAAUUCAGUAAUUAGUGGUCUAAAUGAUGGAGAACUAAACUACUAAAGUUAGCUAAGCUUGCCGUGUGGAAGGGUGCAAAUAAGAGUGCAUGUAGAGUAUGGUUCACCCUCAUAGCUAAACUACUCGUUUUAUCAUUUUUAGAGUUUAUAAUUUUUAAAAAUUAUUGUUAUUUGUUUCUUUAUAAGUAUUUUGCAACUAAAGAUUCCUUUCUCAAAUUUAAAAGGUAUAUGUUAUUUUACCUUUAGAUGUUCAUUUA